AUGACAGACGACAAGAUGAGCGCUGUGCGAGCCUCCAAGCGUGUCUCCAUCGCCUGGGGAGGACGCCCAGCCAGGGAGGACACUGACACGGUCGUUCUCACCAUCAACGACUACUCGCUCGACCUCCGCGUGUUCACCGAGGGACCAGACACGGGUGGUAUCGACUGGGCGAUUGUCGCGUUCGUGCACUCGGUCCCCACACAAGGCGGCAAACCCGUGUUACGCUGGGACCACAUCAUCGACUCUCGAGGCGGAACCGACACUGGCGACGAGGGUGCUUUCGAGGUUCUCCCCAACGGCGACGUCCUCGAAACGGGCUCCAUGUUCAACCCGGCAAGGGGCAAGGACGAGUCCUAUGAGGAAAUCUGGCGACGAUUCCCAGUCACCCCUCCUGCGCAGUACUGCGUCCUCGAGCGCAUCGACGGCGCAUGGGGCGACGACGCCGUCAAGGACAAGAGGGCCUUCCUUGGCCGGUUUGGACCCCGCGCACUGGGCGUCGCACAGGACGGCAGCACGUUCCGUGCAUACCGCGAUGAGCUGAAGGGUGGUGCUGGGUGGAGCCGGGUGUACGAGUUUGAUGUGGGCACUGUUGUGCCGCCUGUGCCCGUUGAGCAAGAUGCUGGGUGGGCUGUGGGUGACACGGUGUCUGUUGUCUAG